CCCUCCUUUCGUCGACGGCUUUGGUCUAAUUUGACAUAAGCGCUUGUAUUGGAAGGAAAAUUUCUGUGGCUUGCACGACCAGGAAAAGCGAACGAAACAAAUUCAUGCAAUCUGUGUUAAUCAAACAUUAUUCUUUACUGUAACUUCGUAUGUGAGGUGGAAAAAUCAUAGGGACUUUGUGAACAGCAGAAAAGCUAUCCGAGCAACGUUGAAUCGAACGAUUUUUGCAUUGCAUAGUGGGAGAAAGAUGAUGCAUGUGUUGGUGUGAGACGUACUCGACAUCCAAGCCCUUCAAAAGAGUGUUAGUGAGUGUUGUUUGGGAACAGCUAUAGAGUAUUUGGUGUUUUGGUUGAAAACUUGGAAAACAAAUUAAACAGUGUUCGUACUAUUAGCACAAUAAAGCCAUGGCAGAUAAAGGACUGUUGAAGCGUAUUUCGCUAUCUUCAAAGAGCCGGGGUAGUUUCCCUUCCGGUAGUGCCCCUACCGGUUCGUCGGCUGUCCCCGGCACUGCCGGUGUCGGUCCUGGAUGUAGCAAACUGCCUCCGGUGAAACCGUCACCAGUAGCCAGUAUUCCAUCUCCCGGUUCCCCGGAUCACUCAGUGCUGUUUCCACACAUCAAAACAUCGGACAACUUAAAGGUUUUGCCGAAAUAUACUGCAGCGCUGGCAAAUACGACGGAAGAGUUGAUACCGGCAGAAGAUUUGGACACAAUUCAGCUAGAACUGGAACUGCUACUGUCGACGGUCGCACUGCGAUCCCGGGUGCUGAAGGCAGAGCUGGAAACGAUUGACAAAGCUGACGAACGCCGGGAACGCAAAGGAAAGCAUUUGGAGCGAGCCCCUUCUUCUCCCGGCAAGCGGAAACGCUUGGAGGAGAAGCAAAAGCUGCGCGAAAGUGCCGGAAAGCUAAUUGGGCAUCAAAUCAAAAUGUCCAAAAUGAAACACUCAUCUUCGCUUGUCCCACCUUCCCCGGCGCCGUCGCAAAAUACGGAUGAUAGUAUGGAUGCGGUUCCAUUUUUGCCACAAAAUCAUCAUUUGCAACAUUUGAGCAGCGAUAGUACGAAACCGAUCGUGCCCAAAAACGAUACUCCCAACAAAUUUUGGCUCUCAGUCGAGCCGUACUGUAUGCCGAUCUCUCACGAAGAUCUGAAACUGUUGGACGAUCUGUUGGAAGAGUAUUCGGGCCCACUGAUUCCUCCGAUACCUGAGCUGGGACCGCACUACAGCACUCAGUGGGCGGCGGAUGACAUAAAAGAGGAACAGGAUGGUGUUGCAAACUCAGCUAGCUCCAAAUCCAAAUCAAAGCCCCUAACCAAUGGCGACGUUAGUAAAAAAGAAAAGUUAAUGGGUGAGGGUAUCACUGGCCCUCUGACACAAAGACUGGUGUCGGCGCUGAUGGAGGAGAACCUGAAUCCCGACUGUAGCAGCAACGAGAACAGCAAUAGUAGCUCCGAUGUUACCCAUAGCAAUAAUGCUCGCAGUGCCGUGGCAUUGCUGAAAAAUGGUAUCAGUAUCGAGCGGAGGCUUCGCAAGGAGCUAAUCGAGCAGGGCAUCCUUGACGCGGACGAUAUGCCGAAAAGUCAGCAGGACGAUGAAAUCCUAUCAGAAAUCAACCGCGUUCGCACAGAGCUGGCGGUAAUAGCCGAGUACAAUUCGAACGAAAUACGUAAACUACAAUCGAUGGCAAAGGAUGAAAUGAAACGCAUCGAAGUCAAGCGUAAGCUGGACCGAGUAGAUCAGGAGAUAAUGGACACAUAUCAGAAGGUGAUUGCGGCUCGACUUAAGCGUCGUCCACUGACCAAACAAGAACGAGAUGAGGUGUAUCGAUUGACCGAGGAGCAAAAGCGUCUUUCGGAUCAGUUGGAGCUAAUGCCUGUCCAUGGGCCGUUUGGAAGAGCUACCAACUAAUAUGCCGUUAAACUGCGAUUUCGUGAGCAACAAAGAUGUAUUCGGUAUGAUCAAUAUAGAACACGUUUAAAUGGUUAUAUUUAA